AUGACCAUCACUCACACUGAAACAAGUGUCAUUCUGAGAUUUGCAGUACAAGGUUUAUUGAAACGAGAUCUCAUUAUUGAUAUGGAUGAUGUUCAUCACAUUUUGACUGUUUCCGGUGAUAUUAAAACCAGUGAUUCCAUUGAUCACUCGGGUCCAUUCACAAAGAAAAUUCAUUUACCAAAAUAUAUUGACACAAAAGGUGCAAGGGCAAGAUUAGAAAAUGAUGAAUUAGAAAUUGUAUUACCAAAGUUGGCUCAUUCGGAAGAGAAGGUUCUAACCAGAAGAGUUCAAUUGGAUGAAUAA